AUGGUUUUCAAACCCUUGAUUGUAAAUGAAGUGGCACCAAAAGAAAUAUUACAGUACAGCACUCAUGUUGUUGCCGUUGAUGAACUUCUUCCAUUUGUCAAAAAAUGUUUAUCAUUUCUAGGGCAAGAUCAAAAUUUCUUUGUACUCCACAAAAGGACAUGGUCAAAGCUAGCUUAA